CCAGGGGCCGGAGGGAGCGAGCCACCACCGCAUCCCCGUCUGGAGGCACGUAUUCCUCAGCAGCUCCCCGGGAUCCUGCCGGCGAAGAUGCGCUGCUGCCGCAUCUGACGCGCCUCUCCCGUGAGAGCUCCUGGUAGUUCGAAGGCAAUAAAACGAGCGAGAAGCCCACGAGAGCAUCACACGAGGAGCUGGGUGUAUAAAAGGUCUUUUGAAAGGAAUCUCUUAUGGACAAAGAGCUUUUCGGGCGAAGGGGCUGUUAUUUUUGCUUCUUGGUUGCAGAAAUAGAGGGUGCCAGCAAGGAGUGUUGUAUCCUGGAGGAUUCUUCAGUGGCCUUUUUGGUAUUGUUCUUCUCUUUCCCCUUGAACACCGCAAAGUGCUGACCUUAUCCUGUGGAAUAGAGACUCUGCCGCUCAGCCCCCAGUUCCAGCAGGGAGAAAGAGGUCUUUCUCCCCCUCCGUCUGUGCAGGCACUUCUGUUUGAAUGGGAGAUACAUCUUUUUGCUAAAACUCUUUUGUUGUGACAUUGCAUAAUAGGCAGUUGUCUCACCGCAGGAAAUAAAAGAAACGAAAGGAAAUAGAUGGAAGGAAAUUGUUCCCCAAAGCAAAAUUGAAGCAGGGAAGAGAACAUUAAAAUCAUUUCGAGCCCUACCCAAGAUCUAGAAGACCACAAAUCUGCUAGCUCCAGAGGAAAAUACACUAUUAUAAGAACUCCUCAGCAGUCAGUAACGAUGAGCAGUCGUGGUGUUUCGUCUGGAUGCAGCUGGUAAAGGAGAGCUUUGGAGGGACGUGGGGGCUUGGCCUGUAUGAUGCCUGAAGACAGAAAUGCUGGAGUCCGCAGCCCAGGUGCCUUAGCAGCAGCUCCUUUCAUUCCUAAAACUACUUAUAGGAGAAUUAAGCGGUGUUUUAGUUUCCGUAAAGGUAUUUUUGGCCAGAAGCUGGAAGAUACUGUCCGGUACGAAAAGCGCUAUGGGAACCGCCUGGCUCCUAUGCUGGUGGAACAGUGUGUGGAUUUUAUCCGACAGCGGGGGCUGAGGGAAGAGGGCCUUUUCCGACUGCCUGGGCAGGCUAAUCUUGUCAAGGAGCUACAGGAUGCAUUUGACUGUGGAGAGAAGCCUUCUUUUGACAGCAAUACAGAUGUGCACACAGUCGCUUCACUGCUUAAGCUGUACCUAAGGGAACUCCCAGAACCAGUUGUACCAUAUGCCAAAUACGAAGAUUUCCUUUCCUGUGCCAAAAUGCUCAGCAAGGAGGAAGAAACGGGCCUGAAAGAACUGGUGAAGCAAGUGAAGAGCCUGCCAGCUGUCAAUUAUAAUCUGCUGAAAUACAUCUGUAGAUUCCUUGAUGAAGUCCAGUCUUAUUCAGGUGUAAACAAGAUGAGUGUGCAAAAUCUGGCUACCGUUUUUGGCCCCAACAUCCUUCGCCCCAAAGUGGAAGAUCCUCUGACUAUCAUGGAGGGUACGGUAGUAGUCCAGCAGCUCAUGUCAGUGAUGAUUAGCAAACAUGAAGAGCUGUUUCCCAAGGAUGCAGACCCUCAGGUGGGACCUGAGGUAUGCAACAACAACAAUGAAAUUCCAAAGAAAACUACUGCAGGGCAGCUACAGAACAAAGAGAACAACAAUACCAAGGAGACGGCAGUGAGGCGCUGCUCUUGGGACAAGCCCGAGUCCCCCCAAAGGGGGAGCAUGGACAGUGAGUCUCCAACUGCCCUGCCAGGCAGCAAGACAAAUAGUCCCAGGAACAGCAUCCAGAAACUAGAUGUCACCAGAAGCCCACCACUCAUGGUGAAAAAGAAUCCUGCUUUUAAUAAAGGUAGUGGCAUAGUCACCAACGGGUCCUUCAGCAGCUCUGUGGAGGGCCCUGAGAAGAGCCAGACCUUACCAAACUGUUCCCUGCAGACCAGGAGAACGUCAUCCCUGAAAGGUCCGGUGACUAAGAUGGGAACACACAGCGUGCAGAACGGAGGUGUGCGGAUGGGUGUUUCCAGCACAGACGGGCACAGCAACACCCUCAACAGCCGGGCCCCGGGCUGGGUGCCCAAUGGCUACGUCACUCUGAGGGACAACAAGCAGAAGGAUGCUGUGAGCGAGUCAGGACAGCACAACAGGCUUUCCACCUACGACAAUGUCCACCAGCAGUUCUCUAUGGUGAACUCUGAUGACAAACAGAGCGUGGACAGUGCCACCUGGUCAACGUCCUCUUGUGAGAUAUCCCUCCCUGAGAACUCCAACUCCUGUCGUUCAUCCACCACCACCUGCCCUGAGCAGGACUUUUAUGCGGGUAACUUUGAAGACUCUGUGCUGGAUGGGCCACCACAUGAAGACCUCUCUAACCCAGGUGACUAUGAGAACAAAAGUGACAGAAGGAGUGUGGGGGGCCAUAGCAGCCGAGCCACCAGCAGCAGCGAUAACAGUGAAACCUUUGUGGCCAACAGCACUAACAAUCACAGUGCUUUGCACAGCCUGGUGUCCAGCUUGAAGCAAGAGAUGGCCAAGCAAAAACUAGAGUAUGAGACAAGGAUAAAAAGCUUGGAGCAGAGAAAUCUCACCCUGGAGACAGAAAUGAUGGCCCUGCAUGAAGAACUGGAUCAGGAGCGGAAGAAGUUCACAAUGGUAGAAAUCAAAAUGCGCAAUGCAGAGCGGGCGAAGGAGGACGCAGAGAAGAGGAAUGACAUGCUGCAGAAGGAAAUGGAGCAGUUUUUCUCUACUUUUGGAGAAUUGACAGUGGAGUCUCGCAGACCAGAAAGAGGCAACACCAUCUGGAUCCAGUGAGCUUUGAAAGAGUAGACUGUGGGACUUUAGGAAGGGCUUAGGGGUAUUUUACUGUAUCAGGUGGCUGGUCACCUGUCUGAGGCUAGUACUCAACAAAAUGUUAUAAACCCUUGAAGGAAGGAAUCGUACAGACAUAAUCACUCAUAUCUACAGCGUGUACUUAUCAAGUUAUACUCUUUGAAUGCUUCAUGAGACUACUGUCAAGUGUUACAACUGGAUAUGUGUAUAUAAAUUUAAAAAACCCACACCUUAGAGAGCAAGAGAUGUAUCUGAAGAAAUAUUUUAAUGCAAGUCUUGUAUUUAAACUGGUAAAUUGAAAUGUUGUUGCAAUCAAGCUUUAUAUAAAGGCUUUUCUCCCUUGCACUUAACAUAAUAAGCUAUUUUUGGCAUUGUGUUACCAUCAGCUUAUUUUGUAUAUCAAAUGUUUUUUCUGUUUUUGUUUUGUUACCCCUUUUGCUGGGGAGUGAAGAUAAACAGAUAUGUUAAGGUUUAUGUGUCAAUGGUUAACCCUAAUUUGCGUCGCUUCUGAAAAAACAGCAGGACGAGAAAACAGAAGUGUUCAAUGGGCAAAAUAAAGCAGUACUAAUUUAACAGAAUUGAUGGCCAGGGUAGAAGAACUAAAUGAGGAUAUCAAGUCAGCAAAAUUGGGGGCAGUGGCGAAGGGACAACAGCUGCUUGUUUGGGAGCAAACAUGGGUAGCAUAGUAAGAAACUGGGAGAGUGGAAAGGGAAACUUAAGGAGAAGUUAAUCACAUGACCAGAGCAUUUUGGUGAACCCUAAAGAAGCCCUGUGCCUGAUCACUGCAGCUCAGAGAAGGAAUAUAAACCAGUUGUUCUGACCGUAUUUGCAUCUGACUUACCUCUGUACUGUGGGUGAAAGAGAGUCCUUUUUGUAAUGCUGGUGAAGGGACACACAGAGGGGAUGAACCAGAGAUCCUGGUAGCCUUGUCAGUGCGAUGGGUACUGAAAAAAAUAUCAAAAACAUUAUGUCCAGAGUAGAAAUUACUGGAGCAACUGGCAAGAAGGAGUAACUAAGGAAGAAAGCACACCAACAUAUUCACCACUUGUAUUGACAGUGUAUAUUAGCAAGUUAUCACGCUGUCUGCAUGCUUCAAGACAUUACUGUAAGUGUUACAACUGUGAAAGUCCCCAGGCUCACGGCAUCACCAAGGGAACACCUAGAGGGAACAGCCUGGAGACUGUCAGCAUGUGGAAUGCCAGUGAAAAAGAAACAGCAAAACCAUGCUGUAAAUUAAUCAUUUGUUUGGCAUCUUUACAUACAGUAAGUAUAACCGGUAUUUUCUACACCGUGUUAAGGAUGUUUUGUUUUAUCUUUGCGUUUAGGACUGCAAGCAGUAUUAUUAGAGAGGAUUGUUGAGACAUCUUGGCUUCCCUCUAGUGUCUCUUAAAUAUAUUGCAAUUAUUUUUUAAUUCCAGUUGAGAAUGAAUGAUGAGGGUAACCUCAAAGAACAUUCUUGGUUGUAGCAUGUAUAUUCGACAAGUGUUAAUUGGAUGUGGGAAUUAUACUGGGAAGCAACCACAAGUUUACAUUUCAGAGAAAUAUAGAACAUUACACAUGGUGCUUGUGGAUGCAUUGUUUGUGUCUGGUGAGAUUCAGAGUCCCCAGUCAGGACAUCUAUUGUACUAAUUACUGUGAAAAUGUCUAGUGCACAUCCAGUCUCUGUGUGAAUCAGAAAAAGUCAGACAGGGAGAGAUCAAGGUAUUAGGGAGGUGCAUGUUUUUAUCAGCAACAAUCACAAGAUGUACCCACAAUGCUGAGAAAAGGAAACAGGUUACUAUGUUAAUUCUGAUUUUUUAAUUGGAUGAGUGACCUUGAUAUCUGAUGCAAAAGGCUUCAAAGCCGACUCACAAUUUAGGCAGUAUCUGACAUCUGUUGACAUGACAUCAGAGUGUCUGAGAUAAGUCUUUUCUUAACUGGAAUAUAUAUUUUUGCACUAGAUAUAUAUACAGUAUUGAAUGGUUUUUUAGAAGCUCGUGUUAGGCAGGAUUUGUCUGUUUGAAGAUUGUCUUCAUCUAGAUAUGUAGCUCGUCUUCAUGUUUCAAAAGUUAUUUCAGUCAGUUCCUCAAAGAAUGUUCAAAUUCCAGUUGUAUGGCUAAGUACUGAUACCCAAGUUUUUUGCUUAGCAAUCCAGAAGAAGACUUCACCUCACUGUCUGCAGAAAUCACCUAAACAGAUGGGAAACUCAAGUAGGCACAGCAAAUUCAGAAAAUAUUACCAACCGUAAAGGUCCAUUCCCAUCCCUGCUCCUCCUGUGAGACUUCAUCAGCAUUUAAGCUGUGAUGAUAAAGUUGAUUUAUGUCCUUAAUGGCCAUCUUUGUGUUCCUCUCAGUGUUCUAGUUCUUUAAAAGCACAAAGGCCUUGAUGUUUCUCGCAUUCAGAAUAUAACACUUGUAAGUUCUCAGUUUUAUGAUACCAUUCCCAUGUGGUCCACAGCUUGUUCCCUUUAGCUUGUCCAACCUGUAUGUGAAUUGACCUGUUGGGGAGGGCAUGCCGGUGGAUCUAAGUGGCCAGAAAAUAAACUCAUGCCACCUCUCAUUCUGUGGAGUGGAAAGGGGCAAGAUUUAUUUACGGGAUUCAGAUCAACGCAGACUGAGCCUGAAGGCUCUGAAAAAAACUAUAAGGAUUCCAUGCAAUGCAUUUGUUGACCACUCAUAAGGCAGUUUUUCAGGAUUCUUAACUGUUAAGUGUUGAAUGAAACUGAGACAACUGGUUUUAUCACCAUUUUGUGUAAUGGAACAGGUCAUCUUUCAUUACAGGCCAAGUUGACAGUGUUACCUGCUACGAGAGGACACUAAGUUUCAAGUAUCCAUUAAAAAAGGUGUAAUAAUAAAUUUGCUUUCACCUCCUUGCCACAAGUCUGUGAGCUCCCCAAAUUAAUAUGUUGUAUGAAUUCACUGGUCAGCUCCAAGCUCAGAAUGGCAGUGUCAGCCCUUCUAGCACAUUGUCUCUCUGCCUCGUGAACAGUGCACAAGAGACAAUGCUUAUACAGUUACUGCAGAUGGUGGAAGAAAAUCUCUUGAGCUAAUGACACCUAGCCCAGUCACAGGGUAUGAUAUUACAUUCAGAAGCAUAAUUUCAGGGCAGCACACACAAGCAGGCUAGAGUUGAGGGACAUAGAGUAAGAGGGAUACACUCUUACUGCUAUUAAUCCCAUCUCCAGCCACAUCUUUGGAGUAUUGGGAUGGGUGCUGAUACCCAUGUGCCUUUCCACAGUAGACUGGAAAAGUGGCAGACACACCCCAUGCCUUUUAAGUGUUAGAAUCUGAUGUUUGGCUUUGGAAAGCUUUUGUCUUCCUUUCUGUUUGUGAGAAUCCUGCUCCACGUUUGGAGUAUGCUCUGGUGCAGCAGAAUAAAUAAACUUGCUACACGUC